AGAUCCAGUUUCCUGACACCCCAAAGCAAAUUUGGACUCCACCCCUCUUCCCGCACAGCCUCCCCUAAGUGGAAUGCGCACGACCUCUGCCCAGGAUGCUAAAACACCACUGUGACUGCCUAAAAUUCAUAUCAUAGCACCUAAGCCCUACGUAAUUUUUUUUAGUGUUCCACAGUUUUUCCUACUUGAGUUAUUGAAACUGUACAAAAUUUUACGUGAAUUUAUAAACAAAUUUUGGUGUAAGUUUUACAAAUAAGACCUGUAUCUUGAGUUUGCAUUGAUCGUUGUCGAAAUUGUAUGUUCACCUCUACUUUCUACCACGAGAACGAUGCUGAACUUUCUUUAAAAUCUUGAAGAAUUUGAUGUAAUUUUUUUUGGGAAUUAUUGGACCAGCUUGUGUGUGUUAAUGUUGAGUGUUACUUGAGGAGCUACCACUAAAAUCGAUAGAUACAUAGACUUGGUAACUGAUGAAAUUCCAUCAGUUUCUUUUGAUUGGAAAAUUUUCCAAAAGGAACUGUGUAGGAUAUGAUAUUGUUGGUGUUCAGCGCGCGCGAUUCAUGACGCUAUCGAUCUGGUUGAACUGUGACAAAAAGCAACCGCAUUUAGGCACGUGUUUUAGACUGACGGUUGUAGGAAUCUUUGAUUUGUCCCUUAUUCUCUAUUGAUUUCUGAAGGAAAAAAAGGAGCUGCCCUUAUGUUGAAGAUCCCCGCACGUUUUAAACAAUGUGACCUCAGUGUAACCCUAGCGUUUGAUUACUGUGACUGCAUUGUCAACAUGGGUACUCGCGCUGCUGCAUUUACAGCCAAAAUUAGAAGUCUGUAUGAUUAUCAUCUCAGACUUAUGCAAGGCGUCAUGCCCCCACCAUCGGGGGUUGACAUAGCCAACACUGUGAAGUACUUCUCCCAAACCCUGUUAUCUGUUCUUAAAGAUGUUACCCAUUCUCCCUUGGAACUCCUUAAGAGACCAGACAUGGACAAUUUCCGGCUCAGUCUGUUUCCCAGUUUGGAUUAUAAAGGCCUUUAUAAUUCUCUUAUACCACUUUUGGAAGCAGCCCCUUUGAUACAAUACGGAAUACACGCCUUCGGACAAGCGGUCCUUCAAUGUCUGGGAUGCCUCUUACCGUUUUUAGAGUCCGAUUUGAUCGACAAUCUACCUCAUUUGGCAGCAUCAGCUAUGGUUUUUCUACCUCCUAGUGUACAUCAGGACAUCAUCAAUUCCCUAUGUUUUUAUAUUUUACCCUUCACAAUUGCCCGUCAUAACAACAGCUAUCACUUGGAACCUAGCGAAGUAAGCCUUUCUGUAUCAGCAGUCAUAAUGAUGGUCUUCCAGUAUUCCUCGAAUCCGGCUCAUCACUGUCAACUCCUAGAAUGUCUUAUGACUUUGAAACAGAAUGUUCUGAAAGAUGUUCUAAACGUUAUAGCCUACGGAACCUCAACAGCAAGAUCACCAGCAGCUAAACUACUUUUUUACUACUGGCCAACCUUCAAUGCAAACCUACUCGAUAGAAAAAAUCUUAUCGGGAAAAUUGCAGAUCCGAGUCCUUUUGUGUGCCAGAGGGAUAUGUGCCCGAAUGCUGGAAAUGCUGAAGCUGCCAAGGUCUGUUUCGACCAUUGUAUAGCAAUAACUUUCGCCAGUGAUACUCCACCACCCCUUUAUUUAUGUAUUGAGUGUGCCAAUGAAAUCCAUAGAGAGCACCCUAAUCAGAUGUUCUUCGACAUAUUACAUCCUAUGCAACAAGUUUCUAUGGUGUGUGAAAACAAGAACUGCCGGUCUACUGACAAAUCAGCAAUAUCUAUCUGCUUUUCUACCGAAUGUGCCAGUUACAAUGGAAAUCAUCCCAUCAGAUACUGUGAGCAAUGUCACAACAACAGACAUAAUACAAAACGUGGCGGUGACCAUAUAGUCCAUUUUUGCGUUCCACCUACAUGGGAUAUGGAUUCCGAGAUGCAGACGUAUAUGGUGGAAGCAAUAAUAAGUUUAUUGAAAGACUCGAAAGUAGAACUAGUUGAUAACAAAGAAAACACUGAGGGUAAAAAUACAAUCCCAACAAUCGAUAACAUAACGAUUGAAGAAAGACAGCUCUUGGGAAGGUAUGGCGUGUGGUUGCUUGUUGGCAGAUGCACACCAAAAGAGAACACACCAACGGAGAUCUUGGGCAGACUGCUCUCUAUGCUCUUUCAUUGGUUUCAUAUGACAGCGUACUCUUAUGAUGGAAAGGAAGAGAGUACACUUGAAAAAUUAAAGACUGAGAAUGUAUGUACCUGGCUCAGGGAAAUCACAAACACGCACAAUGAUGUUUUUGUUUCAUGUUUACUUCCUCACCCCCCCGAUUAUGCAAGAGUUGGAGGUCAUUGGGACACUCUAUCCUCCAGAACCUCACACCUCAAAGAAGGUCUCAAUAGACUUUUUUGCCUUGUCCCAUAUGAGGUUAUUAACCAGGACAUAUGGGACUAUGUUAUGCCUUUCUGGAUGGAAGCAAUAGUUAACGACGUGCCUGAAAAAGAACUUCUCGAACUGCGCGUUAUUUUAAGUAAAAUUCUAGACACUGAAAUGAGUCCUCUGGGAUUCGACGAGAAGAAAAUGUAUCACUUCGUCGCGGAGAGAUUCAAGAAGAAUAGCUCAAAGGUUCAAGAGCAGGCUCUACACUGGCUCCAGACACUGACCCUUCUGGAAAUAGUGAUACCUCUAAAUUUGCUGUUCACGAUAUUCGAAGAUGGAGUUCUUCACAUGAAACAAGGAACUAACCGUAGUGAUGAACUCCUAACUCAAUUUCAAGAAACGGGAUUCGUCGACGAAAUACUCAAAGAAAAAAUCACACCACCUGUAGCCGAAGAAGAUUCGGCGAAGACGUCCAUUUCAUCGCAAAACGAAUUUGAAAAUGACGCUGAACAUAAUUUGUCGUGUUGUAUAAUUAUGUUGGACAUUUUACUGAAACAAAUGGAGCUCCAGAAUAUAGACAAGCAUACAGGACUUAAUUCCACACUAUGCAAAGACGUUUGCUGGUUGUUGAAGUGUAUGAUCACCACUGCUUGGAUAGGAACCCAUACUUGCAAUUCCAAAACAGAAUGUACUCAUUGCGAAUCUUGCGUAAUGUGGCAUCAAUUGUCUUUGCAACUUGUCAAAUAUCUGUCUCCAAUUUAUCCAGCUAGACCACCAGAUCCUCCCCUUGAAGAAACGCUAGAGGAUCCAUCAAACAGGAAAAGUCCACCGGAAAGCGAUAAGAAAGAAAAAUCAGAGGUGGUGUUGAACAUGCCUAUGCCUGAAAUACACUCAAUUGGCGGAGUGUUGGUACAUAUGCCACACGUGUGUUCUAUUAUGACAGCAACUGUCGAAACUGUAUCUGAACAGUUGGACUUAGCUGCUAUCAUUCCAGCUGAGAAAGUUGUAUCAGCUGUAGCUCGAGCAAUUACUCUAUCUGAAACUGAUGUUGCUACAGCUACUGUUCAAGUGGCCAAACCACAAGUAAUAGGCGAGAACGAUGAACCCAUUGAACAAGAUUCAAAUGAUGAUUUUGAUAACUUUUGGCAAACUUCUGUUGGGAAGUUCAAAUUCAAUUUCGAUGAUUUACCUCAACCUCUGCAAUACAUACAUCAACUUCUCCAGGAGUUGUCGAAAGUUGAUCAACCGGAAAUCAUGUAUUACAUGCUUCAGUGUCUGAAUAUACUCAUCCUUCAUGGCGAUGCUUGUACUAAAGCAUCCAAAGAACACCGAGGAUUUUUUAUAUGGUGUCAAGAAAAUUCUCUCAUAAAAAACCUAUGGGAGUUGUGCAGUUCAGAAUAUUCGCAUAUUUGCCAAGAAGUAGUGCCUUUACUAUUACAUUGUAUAACAUUGCCGGCAGGUUCGGAUGUCUUUUGGAGACUUAUUGAAGAAGAUUUCCACAGCUCCGAUUGGUGUGUCCGGUUUAUAGCGGUCGAACGUGUAACUGUUAUAGCUCGUUUUAUGGAUUCAACACCUUUACGAAACAUAUUACCUCUCCAAGCUGCUUUAGCUAACGCGUUCUGUUACCUCAUUUCCAGUAUGGAUGAUAAUAAUAUAUAUGUAGCUCAAAGAGCGACUUUGUACCUGGGAACUAUACACGAUUCCGCAAUAACAUCGUUGAUUAUGUGUUUAGAAACUCAAUUCGAUACUGUAAUUAUCGACAGGCCUAUGGUUCUCCAAUCAUUAUAUCAGUUACAUAACUCGAUUAGUGAACGAAAAAUAUUAACAUGGGAAUUUUUCCUGAACCGUUUUGAUACCUUAUUUCUCGAAGCCCAAGUGAACUUAGAAAAAUCUGGUGAUAUUUCAUAUUUAAGAGAUUUGCGAAACUCUGACAUAAAUAGCGAAGCAUUUAUCAGAAAAUUACACAGAGCACAUGAGGCCUUAUCACAAUCUGACGGAAGUGCUGCAAGUUCUGUUAAAACAUUAAGUGCUAGUUUUGGCACGAAAUGGCCAUACAAAAGAACAAUGUCAGCACCAGCAUCUAUUAUAACAAGACAAGAGAAUAAAGUUGUUUCAGAAAUGAAAGAAAAGAUAUACAAUCGACAAUAUUCAGCACCGAUUUUAAAGAGGAAAAGUUCUCGAUUUGGACUCGAUGGCCAUAUGCAUUCUUUGAACAUAGUGGAUGAUCAAAACAUCUUAGUAUUUCUACAAAGAGUUAUAGAUUUCGAAGAAGCUGAUAGAGAAACAAUGCAUCUUCUGGUCUUCUUACUGAUGCAAUUUUUAUCAAGAUCUGACCAAGCCUAUCCAACGGAAGAAAAAUAUCUGUCGAAAAUACAAGGCAUUGUUUUAAGACAUUUAUAUUUAUUAUUAGGAUACAGCCAAAACGAUAGGGGGAUCUAUGUGUCCCCUCAGCGACUAAGGAAUUCCCCUGCUUUCACAGUUUUCAUUUCCAAUCUGCCACAAGUCCUUGAUCAAAACCAUAUGAUGGGGCGCUUAUUGAUACCAACAUGUCUGAUUUUGUUACAAUACGCACCCUCUCCUUACUAUAUCCCAAAUACUAUGGAAUUUCAACAACCUUCCUAUAGUCUAUGGGCUUUAGAUUCCCAUUUCAGAAAACACUGGUUAAUGUCAUUGGUCGUCAUGCUCUACAAGUACCAGUACACACAACAACCUCACUGUAUUCAACUCAUAUCACUGAUAAGAAUAGUUUUGAAUACAUUAGAUUCCCAACAUCACCACUGUAGAAGAAUCGCAGCAACCAUUAUAAUGGGAGCACCACCGGCUAGAUCCAGGGAUGUAAGUCAACCAUCUUUAGGAACAGAAAAUGACCAUGUAGAAAGGAUUACUCCUCCUUUAUCUCCUAUGUACUCUUCAGAUGGACAGUCUGUGCAAGUUUCUUUAGGUUCAAAAGGAUCUAAGACGCAAGUUAUAUAUGCCAAGCCGUCAUCUACGACAAGCAUGGAGACUCAUUGGGAAGAAGCCAUACAUUGCUUACGAAUUGAUAAAAAAUCUGAGAAGAAAAUAACAGAAAUAAUAGAUGACGAUACGGAAUCAGAACUAAUUACAAUUCCUGAGAGCGACCAAUCCGACAGUACACUUCAAGGAAGUGUUCAAGAUUCCUUCGAUGAUGUUCAAGAAGAUUCAAUUGGUGAAAAAUCACCGAAACUACAUACUACAGUCAGAAUUCAGGAUCAACUAGAAUAUAGAUAUCCAAAAGAGAAUAUGUUCAAUUCUCUGCCGAAGUCUUCGUGUAAAAGACCGACAUGGAUAAUUGGAGAAGAUUCUGAUUCGCCUAAAUCUAUCACAAUGAAAAAUGGAAAAAAAGAAGACGAUACAGAUUCCAGCAAAGAAAGUAACAGUUGCAAUAAAGUAGUUAGUAAGCAUGUUCAGUUGAACAACAAUCACAGGACAACUGAGUUUCAUAGACAAUCAUCUAAUUCAAGCGAUUCUAAUAAACAUACCAGACCAACACCCUUAGGAAAACAUAAGAAGGUUAUAGAACCGAGUAUAACCCCUGUUUGUACUCCUGUAUCGGACUGUGAGGAUUGUUUCAAAAAUAACCAAGAAUCUCUGAAAACCCCAUCCUUAGAACGUUUGCUACCGAUAGGGUCUUCUAGAAUUUCUGAGAAAAUAUACACACAAACUUUAGAAGCUCAGCUUGAAAUACCAAGUCAGGAAAGAUUAUUGCCCAUCGGGCAACACACUAAGGAUAUAUCCCAACUGGUGGAAAAAGUACGGCAAGCAUUGGAUUUGAACCCAAUACUACCCCAAAAAAUUGAUAAUAAACUGGAUUCUACAAGUAAAAAGCAAUCAGCACUUGAUCAUGGCUUCAUUUCCCACAGUCCUCGAAGAUUAAUCAAGCAGGUAGCUCUUGAAAGUCCUCCGAAUCAAAUGGACCACGAAGAUUUAAACAGACUUUAUAAAUCUAAUCGAUUGGAUCAGCAAAGAGAGAACUUAAGCAACCAACGUCAGCGCAUAAGAAAAGCUGGACCUUUCACAAUGGGAUCUUAUACGUUGUGUAAUCCUAGAAAACCUGGAUCUUGGUUGAGUCCCCAAUUAUCACCUGGUCUGGAGGUGCAAGACUUGAAGAGGAGCUCAUCCAGAAUUGGAGAAGAGUCCGUGAAUGAAAGAUGCCCUGAGUGUGGAGCUGUCAGAGAAGAAUAUAGUGAUGAUGAAAUAGGGCUCUGCAUUAUUAUUUUGGGGACAUUCAUUCAUAGAGAGCCAGCCUUAGCUGCUCCUUUACUACCUGAUAUGCUGAGUAUUGUUGGAAGGGUGGCAACAAAUCCCUUAUAUCCAUGGCAGAGUGAAACCAAUAUUCAUUUACCGGGUGGAGCUAUAAGUGUAGCUCACCAAUUCCUGAGAUGUGUAUUGCAUCAGUUAGCACCCAAUGGUAUAUUCAUUCAAAUGUUCCAAACCAAAGCAUCAGAGAAAUUACGAAUACAAUUCUUCAAAAGUGUGAUCCAAGCUCUGAUUGAUUUCAAUGAAUUGAAUCCAAUAGCACCAUUACAGCUUCUCCUAGAGAUGAUGAAUUCGAAGAAGACUAUUCCGGUAGAUACUUUACCAACGAUUCUGCAAAAUAUUUCAUUCUAUCUAAAUUGCCUGCCUUUGGAGGCAGGUUUAGGACCCAGUACACCAAUGUGGAAUUCAGUUUUUCAACAAAUAGAAACAUUAUUCAGAAGGAUAUUACUGAUAUUGAAUAUUUUGGAUGAUGCUUCUUCCUUGUUGAAGAUCAUGGUAUCGUUAUUUAGAAUACCUCCCAUAACACAAUAUAGGGGCAUUUUGGAACCUUUCUCGAAAAUUUUGAGUUAUGCGAUACAGAACCACCAGUUGAAAUAUAGUUGUCUUGCAGAAAUAUGUUAUCUUUGCAAUAGAGCUUUCACCAAGGAAAGAGAUAAGCUUAUUCUCAGUCGAAUGGUUGUUUUUGAACUUGUGCAAGCACUCAAAUUCAAAACUACUAUUCCUGAUUCGAACCUUUUGAUGCUGAUCAAUCUGAUCCUCCAGGAUAUAGGAGGUUCUAUACCUACAAAUGUUGCUAUGAAAGAUUGGAAAAACUAUGGUUUAGAUUACACACCCUCUUGUACUACGGGUAUUUCAGAAUGUAUGAAGCUGCAUCUAACAGAAAUUCUGGAUUUUCUAACUGACUUCCAUACUAUAUCAAAAAUGAAAAGUUACUGUAAAGGAAUUAAUGUAGGACUCAAUGAUGAUACAAUAGGUGGAAUAAUAAAGUGUAGUGUUGCACAGUAUUUAGCUCUAGAAAUAACUAAAGGUAAUGGAAGAGAUAACAGGGCGGUUAGUAAAUAUCUGCCAUGGUUGUAUACUGCUUCGACUCCUCAACAAAGUCCAAGAGAAUUUGUAGAAUGCAUUGGACAUAUAAGACUACUUUCUUGGAUAUUAUUAGGGUCAUUAACACAUAGUGCUCUGCAAGGAGCAAGAAUAACAUUAAGUCAACCUAUUCCACAGGAGGCAUCUUGUCAAAUAGCUGACCAUAUUCAAGUAAUUUUAGUAGCGUUUGCUGAACAACCAAAAGCAUCGAUACUACAUAUGUCCUCCCUAUUUCAUACAUUCAUUUUGUGUCAGUUGUGGACUAUUUAUUUGGAACAAGGCUUGACAAAUCAUCUCCCAAGUACUGAGGCUUACACAGUCACAAUGAACAUUCUCUUCGAUUUUUGGGCCAAGGUUACACCUUGUAUUCUACAAUUAGUGCAGCAUUCAAAGAUGUUGAGUGAAAUUGUUAGCCUUCAUUUUUUGAGUAUGAUAGAGGCUCUACUAGAAUGUCAGUCUACUUUUGUUGGUAAAUUACUACCUUUGUGGACUCCUGUGUUGUGUUCAAAUCAAAUACAAUUACCCGGUCAUCUACAAGUGAGGUUGCAAUACUGUAGGAAUUUUCCACCAUCAACUCAAUUCGAAAGUAAUAAUCAUCCUGAUAAAGCGAAAAUGAACCUCAAUAAUGUUUUAUUACUGAAAUGGCUACAAAGACUCCAGUUCAAAAUGGGUCAGAUAGAACUGCAGUCUUCAACAGCAACACAUUUUUAUUCACUUUAGCUAAGAGAUUUUGAUGAUUUUUACAAGUUCAGAACUACUUAUAGGAUAUUAAUCGUAUUUCUUAAAUUUUUACUUCAGUUGAUAUUUACUCUGAGAAUGACAUUGUUAAAAUAAAAGUUAUUUUU